GCAAGCAAGCAAGAGACGAUGAUGAGCUCAGCAGACCACGAUGCCGUGGGCUCGUUGCAGGAGCCGCUGUUGGGUGUGGAUGAGGAAGCGGGGGUAGCAACAGGGCUGGAUUCGCCGACGAUGGCGACAAAGUACAGUGAGGAGGGGCGGGAGCGCAAGGGGUCGACGGCGGCAAACGCGGAGAGCGUCGUUGAGUGGCUGCAGGCUGUGGACACGGCGACGGUGCUCCGAUUCCUGAAGGAUGUCCUGAAGGAGACGCUCAUCAUGGCAGCACCAUUCAACGUCCCGAGCACAAGCAAUUCGGAAGCAGAUGAGGUCAACACUGGCCUUCGCCAGCUGCGGGGUUCUUACCUGACCACCUGGCUCAUCGUACACAUCACUGUCAGCGUUCGCAAGUGGCUCUGGACCUCGGAAGCGUUCCUGUCCAUCUUCAGCCUGUACUGGCUCUAUUUGCUGUGGCUCGUUAUCCUCAGCAUCGUGUACGGACAGGCGCAGUGCGAUGACACUGUCAUUCCCACCUUUGGCGUUAAUCUCCACUGUCAAACCGCGAACAUCUCGGAGUUCAACCCGGUGAAGAACUUCAGCAUCGGAUAUGACGAUGUCUGCCCCUUUGGCCUCAACGCGACCCGUGUGACCACCACGGUCAUCAUACCAACCUGUGGGCUGACGGCGGGCGAAAUCGAGCUCUUCGAAACGCGCCAAGAGGCUGUAUCCGGCGAAGUUGGGAGUGCCAUCACUUUUGGCUUCAUCGCGUCCGCCUUCAUGGUCUACGUGCUGAUGAACCGUGGCGAGUUUUUGUCCAAGACGCCAACCAGCGUGCUUGUGUCGCUGUGCAAAGGCCUCGGCCGCGGCACAUUCAUGGUCAGCUACUCGUGGACGGGCGAAACGCUCGUGCCUGCACGCAGCGUCGCGUCGUUGUUUGAGGAUGGCCGGUGCUGGGUUGACGUGCAGAACAUUUUGCCAGGCGCCUCCAUUCAGGACGUGUGCACGACGGCAGCAGCCAACGCGCAAGUGGCGUUUGUGUUUCUGACACCAGAGUACCUCGCAUCGCACAACUGCUGCCUGGAGCUCCUCAACUUUGAGCCACGGUGCGCAGGUGUGCUGGCAGAGCGCUUUGGAUGGACAAACGACAUUGCCACCGACACGUCAACAGCUGGGAUGCAUGCAAAACCGCACGUGCAAGGCACCUCAGACCGUGAAGAUGGCGACCGUGAUGGCGAUGAUGAUGAUGACGAUGAAGGUGGUGAUGAUGGCAAUGAUGACGAUGGCCAGGGAGGUACCAGUGACAAGAUGCCAGCCGGUGGCGAUAUGGCGCUGCGCAUGUCUGAGCUGCUGCGGCGGAAGCGAGGGGAGCCCUCUGCAAAACUCAUCGUCUUUGUCACUGAUGAAGUGUUUGAUGAUGAGCAGCACACAGAACAGCGAAUUGCGUUUCAUCGCCGCAUUGUGUCGCUGCUGCAGCGCCACGACCACUACGUAACGUUCGAACGAGACAAUAUCCUCAAGUACCUCAACUACCGACCAAACAGGAUUGUGCUGCAGACGCUGAUCAACAGCGGUGCGCUUCUCCACGCGCUGCGCACACAGGCUGUAACGCCGGCCGUCAACGAGGGCUGGCAGGCAACUGCCUUUGCCAUCGUUCGUGGGUGGCGCAUCAACACAGUCUACAUGCUUCCUCUCAUUGGCGGCCUCACGAGCGCAAUCUCCCUCGGCCUAAACGAUCGAACCAACGGCCUCCUUGGCGGCAUCUAUGCGGGCAUCUACUUUCUUGCUGCAUCGUCGCUGAUGGUGUGGCUUGCCUCGGCCCUGCGUGGCACGGGCCGAUACAUCGGUUACGCCGCGCAGAUUCUCUUCUUCCCCUUCUUCCGCUCCAUUGGCCGCUCGCGACGGUUUGGCGCACUGCCAGACAUCGCCCACCUCACCACCAUCCUCACCCGCUUGCACGUGUCCAAGCGCCUCGCUGUGUUUGUCAGCCAAAACGCCCCCACAGACCUCAGGGAAGCGCUGACCCUCCUUGAAAGCUACAAGGUCGUUGAUCUCGCCGCAGACCCGGCGCUUGCAGAUUUCUCCUUCAUCUGUCUUGAUAAGAACACGGACAAGCACCGCUUCAAGCUGCUUGGCGGCCACAGGCAGGGUGACGUUGAGGUUGAUGUUCCCGAGGUACUGGAUGCUUCGGGCGCCACUGUCUACUGGACAACAGCGCCUUACGACGAAAUCCUGAAACGCAAACCGAAGAACGUGCGCAAGGCCUUUAUCAAAUGCGGCACGCCCCCAAAACUUGAGACGGUGCUGGUGCAGCUGAUGAAGCGAGGCCUUGGACUUCCGCUCAGCGCGGGCGUGACUGUUGGCCGCCGCCCCUUCAAGAACAUCGACUUUGAAAUCCAAAGCGCAAAACAGCGCGUCCUCCACACCUUCUCAAAGAGCGCGUUUGGGAGCCGAUUGCGCACACACAAAGAGCAGUUUGUGACGGCGACAAAGACGGCUGUGGUGCAGCCGUUCCAAGAAGGGCAGAGGGCGGUUGCCGGCUUUGCGUGGACAGGAAAGAGUGGAACAGGCACAGCUGAUGGUGGUGAUGGUGAAGUUGCUCAUGGUGAUGGCUAUCAUGACCAUGGUGAUGGUGAUGGUGAUGGUGAUGGUGAUGGUGAUGGUGAUGAUGCGAGCGCUGCAUCGCGACAGCAACAAAGGCACGGCGGCGGUAGUGAUGGCGACGGGCAAUUCGGGGAUUCGCGCGUGUAGGGACGGGGCCGUGGCUCCUGGUUGUCUUCAGUUAGCAAUAGCAUGUUCAUUCCACAAGGGGUGGGGGGGUGCUGAUAUGUGUGUGUGUGUGUGUGUGUGU